AGCUACUUCUCCUUUGCCUUCACCAACCAAAUACACACCCAACCACCGCCAAUAUGCUUAUCUUCAAGGAUGUCAUCAGCGGCGACGAGAUGAUCUCGGACUCUUUCGACCUCAAGCUCGUCGACGGCGCCGUCUACGAGGUCGACUGCGCCCGUAUCACCGUCGGCAACGACAACAUCGACAUCGGUGCCAACCCCUCUGCUGAGGAUGGUGGUGACGAGGGUACUGAUGACACCGCCUCAACCGCCAUCGACGUUGUCCACUCUUUCCGCCUUCAGCCAACCUUCUUCGACAAGAAGACUUACAUGGCCUUCCUCAAGCAGUACAUCAAGAAGGUCAAGGAGCACAUGAAGUCCAGAGACGCCUCUGAGGACGAGAUCAAGGAGUUCGAGACUGGUGUCAAGAGCUACGUAUCUUCAGACACCUUCAAGAAAUUCAAGUACGACUUCUACACCGGCGAGUCCAUGGACACCGAUGGCAUGGUCGUCCUCCUUAACUACCGCGCGGAUGACACCCCGUAUUGUGUAUUCUGGAAGCACGGUAUGUCCGAGAUGAAGGUUUAGAGUCGUUAAGGAACAGGCAAGCUGGUUGCAUAUCUGCUGGGUUGUCUUCUAUCAAUGACGCGCUUUCUUAUGAUAUCCACGAGCCAACACAAGCACGCUCUACCCCUUUGCAAAAUCCAACUUUUCUCCAGCUUCUCCGUCCCACAGUGUGAUGACCGACCAUCAAGGUGCUUCUGUUCUCACUUGACGUGGCCUCGGCCCUGUCCUCUGUAGUCAGUACCCAAGGUAGGCAUCUCUGGUGAGACGCCUCUUGUGAACUCCACGUUCCUGAGUUCACGUAGAGAAGAUGGACCUUGCCCAAAUACAUACCAUAUUGGCUGCCCGGAUGCCUUGCGAAAUGAUUGUUACAUUGCGAGAUGACUUUGUACUUGUCGUGACUGCCAGGCGUGAGUAGCUCUACUCAUCAAAAUAUUCUGCA